AUGUUGCCACGCACGGUGCCGCACUUUGGGCAGAGCCUGGUGAUGCGGAAGACCAACGUGGUCUGCAACAACCUGGGGGGUCUGGGCCCGCUGCGGGGCCCGGCGGAGCUGCGGUUCCGCGGCGCGGGGUCUUUGGCACCCGUCGCGGGGCUGGGGGGCCGCAACACCUCGCUGGACGUGGUGCUGCGGGUCAAGGAGGGCUAUCGGCCCCAAAGGCCCGCGCUCAACGGCCUGGGGGGCCAUCACUUCGCGGCCGCUGUGAAUGUGGCUGCGGGCACGGAGGCCGUCGUGCAACUGCGCCUGGUGCGCACGCCCAUGCGCCUGGAGGCCAAGGAGGAAGAGCCGAUCGAGGUGUCCAAGCUCUUCGUCUCCAUCUUCGACGCCGAGGAUCCCUUCCAAGGUGUUGCGCCGGGCGAGGUCUUCGUCAAGCACGCGGAGGCGGCGUACUGGCCCAACGGCACCAUGCUGGCUCUGGAGGGCAAGGUCUGGGAAGUGCCCGCGGGCCUCGCCCCCACGCUGCUCUUCCGCAGCUCCGGGGGCUUCGAGGCGACCCUGGCCGCCGCGCCCUCCGCAGGCAAUCUGGUGGGGGGCUCCUGGUUGGGCCGCACCUUCUUCAUCGCCCUGCGCUCCCCGGACGUGGUGCAAGCCGAGCGGAUGCCAGGAGUCUCGCUGCGCUCCACGUCGACGUCGCUGGCUCCGAGCGGAGGAGCUGUUGCUUCCGGCGCGGCCGCGUCGGCCGCGGCGGCUCUGGCGAGCGCGGCUCUGUCAAAGGAGCUGGGGCUGGGGCAUAUGCUGAAGCUGGAGCCAUCACAGGUGCGGUACAACAAUUUGGGGGGCCAGGGGCCUGGGCACUUGGACGAGCCCUCCAUCAUGCGACUGGAGAAGGUGGCGGCCCAGAACGGCGAGGACUUGGAUCUGGUGGUCCAGGUGCGGGGCUCCUACCAGCCCUCCGCCCCCAACGGCGUCAGCCACGGCGCCUUGCUGGUCACUGUGGCCAUGGACACUAGCGUCACGCUGCUGCUCUCCUUCUGCAAAUGGUCCAAGGAGAGGUCCCAGGAGGAGGACGUCGCGCUGGAGCAUCUGUAUCUGCGGAUCUCGGACCUGGAGGACAAGGUGCCUUCGCUCAGCAGCGACGGGGAGGUGAUCUUCCAAGGCUUCCAGGCCGCGCGGUUUCCGGGCAAGGAGUGGAUCAAGGCCGACCUGUUGCAGGCGUCCGACUCCUGGGCGGUGCCUGCGGGCCCGGCGCCCACCGCGGCCUUCAAGAAGCAGAGGCGGCUGGAGGUGACGCUGGCGCCGCGGACGCGAGGCGGUACGGAUUUCCAGGGCCGGCGCUUCUUGCUGCACUUCUCCUCGCAGGAUGUGCAGGCCUGUGAAGUCAGACUUGGGUGA